UCCCGGCCUGUCAGUGCCACCGACCUGCCGGGACUUACAUUCUCCAGACCCUAGGGAUGCGAGUCGUAAUGCCCCGAACCCUCCUCCUGCUGCUGUCAGGGGCCCUGGCGGUGACCGAGACCUGGGCGGGCUCGCACUCCCUGAGGUAUUUACACACCGCGGUGUCCCGGCCCGGCCGCGGGGAGCCCCGCUUCAUCUCCGUCGGCUACGUGGACGACACGCAGUUCGUGCGGUUCGACAGCGACUCUGCCAGUCGGAGGGCCGAGCCGCGGGCGCCGUGGAUUGAGCAGGAGGGGCCGGAGUUUUGGGACCGAAACACGCGGAUCGCCAAGGACCACGCACAGACGCUCCGAGUGGACCUGCAGACACUGCUGGGCUACUACAACCAGAGCGAGGCCGGCUCUCACACUAUGCAGUGGACGUCUGCUUGCAACGUGGGGCCGGACGGGCGCCUCCUCCGCGGGUAUCAGCAGUUCGCCUACGACGGCGCGGAUUACAUCGCCCUGAACGAGGACCUGCGCUCCUGGACCGCGGCGGACUCCGUGGCGCAGAUCACCCGGCGCAGGUGGGAGACGGCCGGUUGGGCAGAGCGCCUCAGGAACUACCUGGAGGGAGAGUGCGUGGAGUGGCUCCGCAGGCACCUGGAGAACGGGAAGGAGACGCUGCAGCGCGCGGAAACCCCCGACACACACGUGACCCGCCAUCCCAUCUCUGAUCAAAGGGUCACCCUGAGGUGUUGGGCCCUGGGCUUCUACCCUGCGGAGAUCACCCUGACCUGGCAGCAGGAUGGGGAGGACCUGACCCAGGACACGGAGCUUGUGGAGACCAGGCCUGCAGGAGAUGGGACCUUCCAGAAGUGGGCGGCUGUGGUGGUGCCUUCUGGAGAGGAGCAGAGAUACACGUGCCAUGUGCAGCACGAGGGGCUCCCCGAGCCCCUCACACUGAGAUGGGAGCCGCCUCCUCAGCCCACCAUCACCGUCCCCAUCACGUGGAUCAUCGCUGGUCUGGUUCUCCUUACGGUCACUGUGGCGAUUGGAGCUGUGAUCUGGAAGAGGAAGCGCUCAGGAAGAAAAGGACCGAGUUACUCUCAUGCUGCAUUGUGAGACGAGCUGCCUUGUGGGGACUGAGUGAUGCAAGAUGUGUUCAGACUCCUACUUGGUGACAUCAACAACCCCGAAUUCUCUUUCUGAAAAAGGUGUCAGAGUGUGGCUGUGUUCCUGUGAGCAUAAUGUUAGGAUGUGGGGAGAUUUGCCUACCCUGCCCACCGUGAUCCCUCACUACUCUGAUUUGCCUUCUCUUCUCUGAUGUGCUCUCCUGUUCCAGCAGAGGCAGAGCUGGUCCAUCUCCAUGCCUGUCCUUAUUCCAUAUUGGGCUGAGUACUGAGUUAUUUCCCUAUUGAAAAUGAGAAUCCAGGGGCGCCGGAGUGGCACAGCGGUUAAGCAUCUGCCUUCGGCUCAGGGCGUAAUCCCAGCAUUAUGGAUCGAGCCCCACAUCAGGCUCCUCCGCUAUGAGCCUGCUUCUUCCUCUCCCACUCCCCUUGCUUGUGUUCUCUCUCUCGCUGGCUGUCUCUAUCUCUCUCGAAUAAAUAAAUAAAAUCUUAAAAAAAAAAAAAAAGAAAGAAAAUGAGAAUCCAGAUAAAUGUUUUUGUUGCCUAAUUCCUGGUAUGUAGGGCCAAUGAAAGGGGACUAGUAAAGUUGAGACACAAAAUAAAUGGAAGCAC